AUGGAUAAAUACAUGAAGCGUCUAGCAAAGUUUGAUCCUGACAACACUGGCUACAUCAGCACCGAGAAGUUUCGCUCCCUUCUCCAGAGACACGGCUCGGAGCUGGACCCCCACAAGCUGGAGGUCCUGCUGGCCCUGGCAGACAGCAACUCCGAGGGGCGGAUCUGCUACCAGGACUUCGUCAACCUGAUGAGCAACAAAAGGUCAAAUAGUUUCCGCCAAGCCAUCCUUCAGGGGAACAGGAGGCUGUGCAGCAAGGCGCUGCUGGAGGAAACGGGGCUGAGCCUUUCGCAGAGGCUGAUCCGGCAUGUUGCAUAUGAGACCCUGCCACGAGAGAUAGACCGCAAGUGGUACUAUGACAGCUAUACCUGCUGCCCUCCACCCUGGUUCAUGAUUACCAUCACUAUUGUAGAGGUUGCCUUUUUUCUUUACAAUGGAGUGGUAUUAGACAGAUUUGUGCUGCAAGUCACCCAUCCCUUAUACCUGAAGAACACAUUACUUUACCAUCCUCAGCUCCGUGCUCAGGCUUGGAGGUACCUAACCUACAUAUUCAUGCAUGCAGGGAUAGAACAUCUUGGACUCAAUGUUGUCCUUCAGCUCUUGGUUGGGGUUCCCCUGGAAAUGGUGCAUGGAGCUGCGAGGAUCAGUUUUGUGUACGUUGCUGGAGUUGUGGCAGGGUCCCUGGCAGUGUCAGUAGCUGAUAUGACUGCGCCUGUGGUGGGCUCCUCUGGAGGCGUGUAUGCUCUUGUCUCAGCUCACUUGGCCAAUAUAGUCAUGAACUGGUCGGGAAUGAAGUGCCAAUUCAAACUGCUGCGCAUGGCUGUUGCCUUGAUCUGUAUGAGCUUUGAAUUUGGAAGAGCUGUGUGGCUGCGAUUCCACCCUUCCGCUUACCCGCCGUGCCCACACCCCAGCUUCAUGGCUCACCUGGGAGGGGUGAUGGUUGGAAUCACCCUCGGCGUCAUCAUCCUGAGGAACUAUGAGCAGAGACUCCAAGACCAGACUUUAUGGUGGAUUUUCCUUUCUAUUUAUGUCAUUUUUGUCUUGUUUGCCAUCUUCUGGAACAUUUUUGCCUACAGCCUGUUGGAUCUAAAGCUACCUCCCCCUCCUUGA